AGCUCGCGGCGCCGUCCCCCCCCUCCGCGCCGGUUUCUGGUCGGGGGGCGGCGGGCCCGGAAGCCGCAGCUGCUCGCGCCCGCUUGUGCUCGCGCUGUUGGCCGCCCUCGCCCCGCGCCCGCCGCCGCCCGCCCCCAUGGCCGACUUGGAGCUCUUCGGCGCCCAGCCGCUGGCGCCAGCCGGCAGCGACAACGGGGCCCUCGACGGCGCCGAGGAGGACCCGGCCGCCGCCUUCCUGGCGCAACAGGAGAACGAGAUCGCGGGCAUCGAGAACGACGAGGGCUACAGCAUCCUGGACGGCGGCGAGGUGCCCGGCUCGCUGCAGGGCCAUGACUACCUCGAGGCGGAUGUUGAUGGAGUGGUGAAUGGAGAUGUCUACAAGGAGAGUAAUGGGCCAACAGACUGCUAUGCUGCCAUAUCACAAGUAGAUCGACUGCAGUCCGAGCCAGAGAGUAUUCGUAAGUGGAGAGAGGAACAAAAGGAGCGCCUGGAGCACCUUGUUCUUAAAUCUUCAGAUGCUAACUCACGAAAGCAGGAAGCUGAAUGGAAAGAGAAAGCAAUAAAGGAGUUGGAGGAGUGGUAUGCAAGGCAAGAUGAAAAGCUCCAGAAAACAAAAGCCAGCAACAGGGCAGCUGAAGAAGCCUUUGUGAAUGAUGCAGAAGACAUUUUUCCAGGCACUGAGUGGGAACGUGUGGCUCAGCUCUGUGACUUUAAUCCCAAGUCUAGUAAGCAGGCUAAAGAUGUGUCCCGCAUGCGCUCAGUCCUCAUCUCACUCAAGCAGGCUCCACUGGUUCGCUGAAGGAAAGCACAAUGGAAACACUACAAAUGCAAUAUCUUAACUUUACUCAGAGAAGUGUGUUUGCAGUAAUUGGAUUAAUUGUUUCAAUGUUUUUUUUGGACCAAACCUCAUGAUGUAUCUAAAGCCGAUCAUUGUUUGAUUGCAUGUUCUUCCUCAUGUUUCCUGCCUGUGUCUGAAAUGGGAAUACCUCCAAAUUUGUAGUCUCUCUGUGCUGUUGUGCACUGAGAUGUCAUUUCCAACAUUACUGAUAUUAAAGAUAUGUUAAACAGCAAAA